AUGGAUUUUUUUGAAAAUGUUUUAAUAAUUUUUACUAUUCCUGCUGAAUAUACUGAACAAUCUAAAGGGAUAUUGAGAAAGUGCAUUCAUGAUGCAGGACUAACCGAAGCAGCUGCCAUACAUUGCUUAAGUGUAUUGGACGAGCAUUUCCUUACAGAUGAUGGCACUUCUUUUCUAAUCGUCGAUUGUGGUGGUGGUACUGUAGAUCUUACAACAAGAAAAUUGUUGCCAAACAAACGAUUAGGCGAGGUUACUGAACGUACAGGUGAUUACUGUGGUAGCACAUUCGUUGAUGAUGAAUUUAUCAAAUUUAUGAAACUUAAAGUCGGCGAAUCUGCAAUGAAUUCUUUGGAGACACAUCGAUAUGGCCAAUUCCAAUACAUGGUACAGGAAUUUUGUCGACGUGUCAAAUUACCAUUUACUGGUAAUAAGGAAGAUUUCAAAAUUUUCGACCUUGAUAUAGAAGAAUUAUGCCCAAUGUUGAAGCAAUACGUAACUGGUGCUGAAAGAGAAAGAUUAGAAAAAGAUGAAUGGAUAAUUGAACUAAAAUUUGAAGAUGUUAAGGCGAUGUUUAAUCCUGUCAUUCAAAAAAUUAUUCGCUUAAUUUCUGGACAACUUAGUACUGGAGGUGUGUGUACAAUAAUGUUUUUGGUUGGUGGAUUUAGUGAGUCAAAAUAUCUUCAAUCAAGGAUCAAGAAAACAUUCAAUUACAUUAGGACUAUUGCAGUGCCUAAACAACCUCAAGCUGCUAUAGUUCGUGGUGCUUUGGAAUAUGGACUCAAAAUGGAUGUAAUAGAAACUCGUGUUCUAAAGUACACUUAUGGCAUAGAAACCGAAAAUGUAUUCAAUGAAACCACAGAUCCUGAACAUCUAAGUAUUGAUGGUCGUUAUAUCUUCAAAUUCUAUCGAUUAGUAGAAAAAGGUCGAGAAGUUGGUGUUGAUGAAACGUUUGGUGCUAUAUUUCGACCAUUAGAACAUACGACUCACUUACGAUUUUCUUUAUAUACUUCAACCAAUUUAAAUGAAGUUUAUUGCGAAGGUUUGGAAAAGUUGGGAGAACUCAUUGUCGAUAUGCCAGACACUCACUUAGGAAAAGAAAGACCGGUAGAGUUUAAAUUAAUAUUUGGGCAAAUGGAAAUUACAGCCACCGCUAGAAAUCAACUAACUGGUCAGGAAUAUAAAGCUAAUUUUAGAUUAGAGUUCUAA